UACGUAACAGCAUACGGCGAAGAUUAUCUACGACUGCCCGAUACAUUCAGCAGAAGCUAUGCAUUCCGUGUACCUCCAACCCAUCAUUACAUGCGGCAAUUUUUUUUCAAAGGUGAACUCGAAAACGGUGACAAGUCACAACGAUCACGGCAUUCGUUUCGGUGAUCACCGCAUCUAUGUAGAGUCUUAUUAUGACGAACGUAUGCCGUUCCUUUUCGCUUGGAUCCCUGAUAUCUUCAAACUUAACCAUCCUAACAUUAUGGAGGCUUUAAAAAUUAAUCAAUUCAGAUUAAUAACUCCGUAUGAUGUGUAUCUGACUAUAAGAAAUGUUAAUCAAAUACCCAUUGGAAGUAAAAAAGGCUCUGAAGGUUGUCCAAAGUGUCAAAGUUUGUUCGACGUUGUUAAUCCGAAUCGUACAUGCCAGGACGUCGCCGUUCACGAUAAGUGGUGCAGCUGUCAUGAACUGUAUCCCCUUCAUAAAGAUAACGAGCGAACAAAAACCGUGCAAUUUGUCGUUAACCAUAUUAAGAGUAUAAUAGCGACUGUGAAGACGAAAAAUUGUUAUACAUGUACCAGUUUGUCGCUAGGCAAAGUUAACAGAAUACAUUAUUACUACGACAAAGAGAGAAUUAACAUUUAUUACGUUGUUGCUAUUACUUUAACGCCAGGAAAUAUGUCUUAUGAAGCUAUUGUUAUGAAGGACAAAUCCAGAUUUCAUCUAAUAGGUCAAAUAAGCGUUAUAUCUCCGUACAAAAAUUUCGGCAAAUGUACCAUACAAGACAAAGAUAGGUUGUUUUGCGUAUGCGAGAAAAUUGUUAACUGUGAACUUUAA